GAGAAGAGACGUCUGGGUCGGAAAAUAUAUAGUUGAGGUUGGGCGUGAGUGGAAAUACUUCUGAUAUUGUACGCCGACACCGCCCACCCCUGCGAAUUUCGGUCAACGCCGGUUUGUAAAUGAAAGUGUUUCUCUCUCUCAUGUUCCGUGGAUGUUUCUAGCUGGGCAUUUUUGUAAGCUGCAACAACUUUAGCCGUCGUUACUGUUCGACUGCGGAGUUAAACAAGUCAGAGAAAUGUCUUCGGCACAGACAUUUUCAGACCCAAAUCAACACAAGCGUGUAUCUCUUCAGUCCAACCCUGGAUUCCUGGAGCGAUUGAGUGAAACUGCAGGAGGAACAGUUGUUGGUAUUGGACUGUUUUUCCUUUCAUUCUAUGUUCUUUUUACCAACGAGGGACGGGCUCUGCAAACAGCAUAUUCCCUGAAUGAGGGUCUUUCUCAGGUUGUGUUGUUGGGGCCUUUCUCUAGCCUCGACCUGCAGAACAACAACCACUUAGUUCACCUGUCUUCACAGCUGCACACCUCACAGCCCCUCCAUGACCCCAAUUACAGAGUUGCAGUGCAGGCAGUGAAGCUGAAGAGGCAGGUGGAGAUGUAUCAGUGGGUGGAGUACCGGGAGAGCAAGGACUACCAAGAGGACGGUGAGACCAAAACUGAGACGACGUACAACUACAAUACAGAGUGGAAAUCUGAGAUGGUCAACAGUCGUAAUUUUGAUAAAGAAAUUGGCCACCAGAACCCAAGUGCCAUGGCGGUUGAGAGUGUUACAGUCGUGGCCCCUGAAGUUGGAGUUGGACCUUUCAGUCUGUCUAAAGGCCUUGUGGAGCAGAUAAAUAACUUCCAGACGCUGAGUCUAAGGGAUUUUUCUACCUUUAACUUGGCCCCUUUUCUCAGCGUUGAUGACGAUUAUUUCUAUCACACUCAUAACCCACGCAGGCCGGAGGUUGGGGAUGUGCGUGUGAGAUUCUCCUUUGCUGGACUGAGUGGGGAGACAUCUCCCCUCGGCCGCGCUCAAACUGUCAGUAUUGUGGCCAUGCAGAGAGGGGAGCAGCUGAUGCCUUUUAAAACCAAGUCAGGAGACACACUGGAGAUCCUCUACCUUGAGGAGCUCUCUGCAGAGGAGGUUUUUGCAAAAGAACUCCACUACAACAGUAUGAAGACAUGGGGCCUCAGGGCUGCAGGCUGGGCCCUCAUGUUCCUCAGUAUUCAGCUGACUAUGCGCAUCAUCUACACACUGGUGGAUUGGGUUCCUGUUCUCAGAGAGCUUGUGUCUGUGGGGCUGAAGAUCUUCGCCCUGUGUGUCUCCUGCUCUCUCUCCCUUCUCACCAUCGGAGUGGGUUGGAUUUUUUACCGACCAUUAGUGGCUGUGGCUCUGGGAGCUCUAGCUCUGCUACCGGUGUUUCUCGCCCGCUCACGACUUCCAGCCAAGAAGAAUGAAUGACUUUAAAACUGAUGAGUAUCACAACCACUUCUGAUGCCUAGCUGCAGCUAUUCAUCACAUAAAUGACAGCAUUGAGCAGCGUUCUUUCAACAGCAGGGUUGUAAACCAUAUAGGAUUUUCUUUCUUGGGUAGAAUACACAUUCUAUAGUGAUGAAUGUGUUUAUGAAGUGGGCAUCGCUUUAUCACUCUGUAGAUUUAUUUUUGGUAUGAAAAGAAAUCACACAUCAACCACUGCUGACAUUGUCCAUCGGACACAAGAGGAAGUUGUUGUUGUUGUUGCCUUCAGACCACAAAUGUUCAGAUGUGGCCGUUGUGAAUUUGCACAUUAAAAUCCUCACAAGCCUAA